AUGGUCGCCUGCGCCACCGCCGAGGACCCAUACCUCUUCUACGAAUGGAAAGUGAGCUACGGCACCAUCUCCCCCUUAGGCAUCCCCCAACAGGGUAUCCUCAUCAACGGCCAGUUCCCUGGCCCUAAGAUCAACUGCACCUCCAACAACAACAUCGUCGUAAACGUGUUCAACCACCUUGACGAGCCUUUCCUCCUCACGUGGGCUGGCAUCCAGCAGCGCAAGAACUCGUGGCAGGACGGCACCCCCGGCACCAUGUGCCCCAUCCUCCCCGGCACCAACUACACCUACAAGUUCCAGGUCAAGGACCAGAUCGGCAGCUACCUCUACUUCCCCACCACCGGCCUCCAACGCGCGGCCGGCGGCAUCGGCGUCCUCCAAGUCCACAGCCGCGACCUCAUCCCCGUCCCCUUCGACCGCCCGGCCGACGAGUUCGCCGUCGUCCUCGGCGACUGGUACAACAAGGGCCACAAGGCCCUCAAAUCCAUCCUCGAUUCCGGACGCUCCAUCGGCCGCCCGGACGGCAUCCACAUCAACGGCAGAUCCAACAAGGUCGGCGACGUCGUGGCCGAGCCCCUCGCCACGUUGGAGCCCGGGAAGACGUACCGCUUCCGCGUCUGCAACGCCGGGAUGCGCUUGUCGGUCAACUUCCGCUUCCAGGGCCACCCGAUGACCCUGGUCGAGAUGGAAGGCUCCCACACCGUGCAGAACGUGUACGACUCCCUCGACCUCCACGUCGGGCAGUGCCUGUCUGUCCUCGUCACGGCCGACCAGGCCGUCGGCGACUACUACUUUGUCGUCUCCAGCCGCUUCGCCAGGCACCCGCUCUCCUCCGUGGCCGUCGUCCGCUACGCGGGGGCGGAGUCAGCCGCCGCUGGCGUCCUGCCGCCGCCUCCCCCAGAGACGGAGAGGAAGAGCAUCGCGUGGUCCGUGAACCAGUUCCGGUCGUUCAGGUGGAACCUGACCGCCAGCGCCGCGCGGCCCAACCCGCAGGGGUCGUACCACUACGGGAAGAUCAACAUCACGCGAACCAUCAAGAUCACCAACUCGCAGGUGCAGAUCGACGGGAAGCUUCGGUUCGGGAUCAAUGGCGUGUCGCACGUCGACACCGAGACGCCGCUCAAGCUGGCGGAAUACUUUGGGGUGGCCGACAAGGUGUUUGAGUAUGGGCUGGUGAAGGAUGAGGCGAGUGAGGGGGGGAAGCGGCUGGUGGUGGCCCCUAGUGUGGUGAAUGCCACAUUCAGGAACUUUGUGGAGAUAAUAUUUGAGAACAGGGAGAAGAGCAUCCAGACGUGGCACCUGGACGGGUACUCCUUCUUUGCGGUGGCCAUCGAGCCCGGGAGGUGGAGCCCAGAGAAGAGGAAGAACUACAAUCUGCUGGAUGCCGUGAGCAGGCACACUAUUCAGGUGUACCCCAACUCGUGGGCGGCCAUCAUGACCACGCUCGACAAUGCGGGGUUGUGGAAUCUGAGGUCGGACAUGUGGGAGAGGACUUACCUGGGCCAGCAGUUGUACGUGAGCGUGCUGUCCCCGGCUAGGUCUCUCAGGGACGAGUACAACAUUCCUCCCACUCAGCAGCUCUGUGGCAUCGUUAACAACCUCCCAUUGCCCGCCCCCUACGUCUAA